AUGAAUUUUGAGAUGAACCUUGAUUCUAGUUCUUCUAGUUCAAGUAAGGAUGAAAUCUAUGACUAUAUGUUAAUGGAUUUUGUCGAAAAGAGUCAUGAAAUACAAGCGGUAGAAGAUGCAGUAAGAUACAUUGUUAACUCCACCGUCGAAGGAGAUGGAAAUGAGGGUUCACGUCCAAGAAAGAAGAUAACUUAUAUUUCUAGAGAUCGAGAAUCAGCAAACGACCGUUUGAUAGCUGACUACUUCAGUAACCAAUCACUAUACGACGAAUGUCAAUUUCGUUGUAGGUUACGCAUGCGAAAACAUGUAUUCAUUAUCAUUGUGGAUACCCUCAGUUUACAUUAUCGUUUUUUCCAACAAAAUCCGGAUGCAUGUAUGCGGCAAGGCGCUACUGCUCUUCAGAAAUGCACUGCAGGCAUAAGGAUGUUAGCAUAUGGAUGUGCAACUGAUCAAAUUGAUGAGUAUCUAAAACUUGAUCUCCAAAGUCUUCUUAGAGAAGGGGAAGAUAGAGGAUUUCCAGGUAUGAUAUGGAGCAUCGAUUGCAUGCAUUGGGAAUGGAAAAAUUGUCCCGCUGGAUGGAAAGGGAUGUAUCAAGGAAGAUCUAGAACAACAACUGUAAUUUUAGAAGCCGUUGCUUCUAGAGAUUUAUGGAUUUGGCAUGCUUUUUUUGGAACACCAGGAUCUUGCAACGACAUAAAUGUACUCCAACGUUUGCCGGUUUUUAACGACCUUCUCAACGGUCGAGCUCCACAAGUCCAGUUCGACGUGAAUGGAAAUACCUACAACAAAGGGUUGUUUAUUCAACGUCAAGAAAGUGCACGAAAUGAUGUUGAGCAUGCCUUUGGUGUACUACAAGCUCGAUUUGCAAUAAUUCAAAAACCUGCUUUAGCAUGGAGUGUUCCAAUGCUAUGGAAAAUUAUGAUGACAUGUAUCAUUAUCUACAAUAUGAUUGUGGAAGACGAGCGCGAUACUUAUGUUAAUUAUAAAGAUCCACAAGAGUUCGUCCAAGAACAACCUGAAAAUGUAGCAGGAUCAUCAAGCUUAAAUAGUACAACAUUUUCUGUCACACCCGGACGAUAUGAUGAUCGUAAUUUUACGACACUCUUAGCUAUAAGAGAAGAGAUUCAUGAUAGACAUAUACAUAUGUCUUUGAAGAGUGAUUUGGUAGAGCAUAUGUGGGAAAAGUUUGGAAGCUCCUAUGCAAACUAA